UAUGUGCACGCCUAAGUCUCUACGUCUUCCUUGUUACGUUUGUCGCCGUAAACCUCUCGCCCUAAAUCUUUGUCAUCGUUUUUGUGUACGUUUCCGCUGUCGCCAUAAAUCUCUCGCAUGAAAACUCAGUCGUCUCCUUCCGAGAUUCGUCUUCUCCGUUCACGAAAACUCGAUCCACUGUCGUUGCCAUCGGUUCACACCCAAUUGUUUUCGUGGCGAGAGAACAAAGAUGGAGACGGCGUAAACAGCGGCUGCGAAAGGAUUGAGUUGCGAAGCCAUGGAUUGCUUGUCAGAAAGGCUUUCAUGGCAGGAAGAUCUUUACUUUCCUCAUGCUUUUCAAUCCACUGCCUUGAAUCCGUCUCAGCUCAAGGCCAUUCUGCUCGACCUUCUUUCUCGCAAUGUCGCCGUAUUUCUUGCAAAGAAUUUGUUUGGCCUCCAAUGCCACCAUCAUUCAAAGAAGAUACUUCUGAUAGCUCUCUUAAAGAUACUCACCUUGUUCCAUUCACAGAACUUUCUGGAAGAUGAAAUGGAAGCUAUGUUUUUGUUUGUUUUUUCCAUGAAAUGGUGUAAUGUAUUUUUGAUUUAUUUGUAGAUUGUAGAAGGAUCUCAUUAAUGUUUGUUUAUGGUAGAUAGUGUUUAGAUUUAAUAGGUUAUGUUUAUGUAUUGGAGAAAUGCUUAUUUCUCUUGAAUGUUUUUGGAACGUAGACAGUGUUUAGAUUUAAUGGAUUGGUUUUUUUUUUUU